CAGAGUGGGGUCUGUUUGUAUGCUCAAAGGCGCGAGACUCUCGUGCAAUAGUCAAUAGUCUUGUACUUUUACAAAGGGACUUGCUGGUAUUCUUUCACUUGAAUACUUUCCAUGGCUUUUCGUAUGCUCAACAGCGUGAAGCGUCAAGCUGAUGUCCGCACACCUUUGACAGCCAUGAAAAGCAAGGCCUCCAAACGAUCAGGGCCCUCAGGUGGUAGCAGUGGCAGUCGCCCCAAAGCUUCAAUCUCCGGCAAGGCUGCUAACUCUGCCUCUGAGCCUAGCUUGGGCAUACAAGACUUACCGAAGUCUCUCUUCAAUUACCUACUAGCGACUGUCAUCCGUGCUGAGCCCAGUACGGCCGUACCGCUUCUCCUCGUCUCCAAACAAUUCGCAUAUGCGACCUGUCAACAGCUGUACAGCACGUUGCUGGUGCCGGACGAUGAAGCGGAGCUUCACAGGUUGCUCAGUGAAGGUGGUCCAAAUGCAGAUACUGAUAAUGAGGAGUCAAUACCGAGUGCGCAGCGUUCAUGCAGCGCGCUUGCCAACGCCUUCACUCGAGCGGACAAGUACGCCGAACAUGUGGCUGGCAUCAUCAUCCGUCAGGCACUUCGGCAGGCAGAGCUUCGUACCGACAGCGACUUGGAUUUUGUACCUCUCUCACCUGCGAGUCUCAGCACGCUCUUAUCUCGAUUUCCAAAUCUGCAAGGCUUCGUGUGGGCGAGCAGACGAGAGCCUUCUCCUUCCUUGUGCGAAAUCCUAAGCUCUGUGGCACCUAAUCUUAGCAUUCUCGCUUGUCGCGCUCAUGCGGCUGACCAGGCAGCACCAGCAGCUCGUCAAAACAGUAUUAGUCCAAGUCUCCCCACGCUCAUGCACGAUUUCGAGUACGAUGGGACUACGAUUCACGGUCUAGGCCUGUUUGGACCCGCACACGAGGAUCUUCGCUUCGAUCCCAUCGCCACAUCAGUGCUUGGCCUCGACUUUGUCGACACACUCGAAGAAGACGGUGAAGAUGAUUCGCAGCUCGCCCGUCAAACUCGAGCGCUGUCCAUUUCUGACUUUGGAGGGGCUGAAUGCGAGGACCUGUCCCACAGCUCGAGUGCAUCUGUUCCAUUGGCUGGAUUCAUGCAUGGCUCCCCACUGCUGGACUUUGAUCCGCCCGCUCGGUUCGAAUGCCGCCAGCUGUAUGAGCUGCACCACCUCUCCACCCUUGCUCUCGCAAACUUGACGCUUGACGGUGCGCGUAUCCUUGCAGGCGCGCUGUCCGACCUGCCACUGCUUGAGUCUGUCACAUUUGACUUCAAAUUUGUCGAGGACUCAUUGCUCAAGAGACUGGCUGAAUGCUGUGGUGCACGCAAGCUGAAGGAAUUGCGUUUGAAGAGCAGCGGCACCAAGGUCACCGACAAGGGCAUCGUCGCGGUCAUGCACGGCUGCAAGCGGUUGCAGACGCUUGAACUGUGCAAAGUCGAGGGACGCCUUUCGAAGCGGCUCUGGAGCAAGAUCGACUGGGUGCACAAGGUUUCGCCGAGCUUUGAAAACCUCGUCGUCUCCUUCGACGAAUCUUGCGCGCACCACAGCUGGAUCACAGACCAUCUCGACUCGAUCAGCGAGGCCGUCCGAGUGCCACAAGGGCUCAGAAAGCUCGUCGUGUCGCGCGAGCUCCCCGCGCAGUUCCACAUCACCCCGAAUGUAUUUGCGCAGGCCUCGUCGUCCGAGGAGGAACGUGCACACACGAACCUCUUCUCCGCAGCCCCGACCAAGACCGGCUUUGCGGCGCUUCCGCCUGUGGACGCUGUUACGAUCCCGCGGCUACUGCCAGCGCAGCAUCUGGACUUGCUGUGGCAACACGGUGCAACUCUUCGGCACCUGAGCCUUGACUUCUUCUUGAUUGACUCUGAUCAGCUCAAGUUGAUUUUUGACAGCUGCAGGACACUGAAAGAACUGCAUGCAUUCUUGGAUGCGCCUUUUAUGACUUUACUCAAUCUGUCGCCGUCGCUGGUCCCACUCACGUGUCUGGACACGGUAUCCCUUACGAUCAAAGAAGAGCAUUGUCCGCGUCCACUUGGACCCAUCCUCAGUCCUCCCUGAAGUGCUUUCACCCGGCGUCGCUUCCACUUCAACCGCCAGCGAUUCACCCGUCAGCAGCAGCACUCGGAGCUUCUCCAUGAUUCAC